AAACAGAUGUUGUAACAGAAAACAAACAAAACAUUUUAGAUAUACCGUAUAUAGCAACUGCCUCGUCAUACCUGUUGAUCAACGUUACAUAAAUAUACUUUUUUAUUUUACGCAGUUUUGCUAUAUAAUAAGACGGAUAUAUUUUAAAAGUUGUUAGGAAAUGGAUUCGGUCAAAAUAAUACUUGCAUUCGUUCUCCUUUCUAAUUCAAUGAUUGUCAAAGGAGACCCAGCAACGGACUGUGCCGUGAUAAAAUGUUAUUAUCCACCUGGUUGUGUCGAGAUACCAGCUAAGGGACAAUGUUGUCCGAAAUGUAAACGCGGUAAAUCUUGUAAAUAUGAAGUUGGUAAUGGGAGUGAUAAAGUUAAAGUAAACAUUCAACACGGAGAGAGCAUACAGAUAGAAUGUAAUACAUGUACCUGCAUUGAUGGCGUACUUGCAUGUACCGAGAAAGCUUGUUUACCAGCUUGAGCUUACAAUUUACCAUAGAUGUUGACCACAGACGAACGAGUAUCAUCUACCACAGCUAAUUCCUACUAAAUCGGAUUUUAAAUUGAAACAAAAAUGUUUUUGAACUUGGAACUUUUGCACAUAAAUGGCAACAUGUACUUUUCAACCAAUAUUUUAUUAUAUUAUAUUUGAUUGCAUUCUUAUGUAUAGUAAUUGAUAGUGACACAGCUGCGUACUUUCCAGAAAUUUCAAAUCAUUGAUACCAAUGCUAUAAAGAUGAUUAAAUGAAUUUCGACAAGGUUAUAAUGAAUUACUUACAAUAUUAUCUUGAAAAUAUAUAUCAUAUUGUUUAUAUUUUACGCCUUUGAAACAUCCAAAUCAAAUAGAAAUGGGUAUAGGUACACGUUCAGGUGUGACAUCUGAGUGUGAUAUCAUAAAAAUACUUAAAAUGAAGUGGAAUCAACAACUUCAGAUAUUCAAGUGUCAUUAUGCUCCAUGUUUUAUUGUAAAGGACAAAUGUAAAUCUACUGAAAUACAAAAAAGGCUGUCACAA